AUUUCAUAGAGAUAUGUUAUAGUUUAGAUAUUGUGCUUUGGUUUUCACGUGUAUGUUUGGCAUUAUUAUGUUGGAAACCGCUUUGAGUCCCCACUGGGGUGAGAAAAGUGGUAUAGAAAUGCAAUGAAUCAAUAAAUAAAAUACACACUUAGAUCUAAUCUAAUGGUUCUCCUACACCUCUCUAGAACCCAGGGUUCCGUCCUGAGCCCGGUUUUGUUCAACAUCUUUAUUAACGACUUAGAUGAAGGGUUAGAAGGCACGAAGUUUGCAGACGACACCAGACUGGGAGGGAUAGUUAACACUCCAGAAGACAGGAGCAGAAUUCAAAACGAUCUUGACAGAUUAGAGAUAUGUGCCGAAACUAACAAAAUGAAGUUCAAUAGGGACAAAUGCAAGAUACUUCCCUUAGGCAGAAAAAAAUGAAAUGCAAAAAUACAGAAUGGGGGACACCUGGCUCGACAGCAGUACCUGUGAAAAAGAUCUUGGAGUCCUCAUGGACAACAAGUUAAACAUGAGCCUACAAUGUGAAGCAGCGGUGAAAAAAGCUAAUAGGAUUUUGGCCUGCAUAAAUAGGGGUAUACGUCUAGAUCCAGGGAAGUCAUGCUACCCCUCUAGUCUGCCUUGGUCAGACCACAAUUCUGGGCACCGCAGAUGAAGGGAGAUGUUGGCAAGCUGGAAAGUGUCCAGAGGACGGCGACUAAAAUGAUUAAGGGUCUGAAGAACAAUCCCUAUGGGGAGCAGCUUAAAGAGCCGGGCAUGUUUAGCCUGCAGAAGAGAAGGCUGAGAGGAGACAUGAUAGCCAUGUACAAAUAUGUGAGGGGAAGCAAUACGUGAGGAGGGAGCAAGCUUGUUUGCUGCUGCCCUGGAGACUAGGACGUGGAACAAUGGCUUCAAACUACAGGAAAGGAGAUUCCAUCUGAACAUUAGGAAGAACUUCCUCACUGUGAGAGCUGUUUGGCAGUGGAACUCUCUGCCCCGGACUGUGGUGGAGGCUCCUUCUUUAGAGGCUUUUAAGCAGAGGCUGGAUGGCCAUAUGUCGGGGGUGCUUUGAAUGAGAUUUUCCUAGGUCUUGCAGGGAGUUGGACUGGAUGGCCCGUGAGGUCUCUUCCAACUCUAUGAUUCUAUGACUCUAUGAACCUAUAUUGUAGGUGCAGAAGAAAUGGAUGCAGAACAUUUCCUUUCCACUAAUAGAAUCAGUUAUGUCUGCAGAAAACAAAAGCGGAUCCUAGGCCGGGUUAGCUUGAGCUUUCAUAUGAGAAACACAAAUGCUGUACCAAGAUCACACCAACUAAAAUGUUAAUAUUUCCCUUUUAGGAACUGAUUAAUACACAGCCAGAAUGGAAAAAGAAAUGGAAACAAAUAAGUUGGAAAAUGGAUCCCAUCUCCAGUUCUUUAUGGAAAAAAAGACUCCACCCAAGAUCAGCAAAACAGCAGUGAUAAAAAGCCAGCUGAGGAAAAACUGUUCCUGUAGCAGGGAAAGAAUGAAAAAAACAGUCAUGGACUUUUUCCCUGUGUUACAGUGGCUUCCCAAAUACAAGUGUAAAGAGUAUAUUUGGGGAGACAUUAUGUCAGGCUUGGUCAUCGGAAUCAUUUUAGUGCCGCAAGCAAUAGCCUACUCCCUGCUAGCAGGCCUGAAGCCAAUAUACAGUCUUUACACAUCUUUCUUUGCCAACAUUGUCUACUUUCUCAUGGGCACCUCCAGACACGUUUCAGUGGGCAUUUUCAGUUUAUUAAGCUUAAUGGUUGGACAAGUUGUUGACAGGGAACUGCUGUUGGCAGGGUUUGACCUCAACGAUGAUCCUCAUGAGGUCACUGGUGGCAGAAAUCCUUUGAAUGUCACCGUUCACAAUUUAACCCUCGGCACAAUGAGCAUGGAAUGUGGGAAAGAAUGCUAUGCCAUUGGGGUGGCUACAGCACUGACCUUCCUGGCUGGAGUUUAUCAGGUUCUAAUGGGAAUCUUCCACUUGGGCUUUGUGUCGAUGUAUCUUUCAGAGCCAGUACUUGAUGGCUUUGCAACGGGUGCUUCAGUAACCAUUCUAACAGCUCAGGUUAAGUACCUUGUUGGCAUCAAAAUCCCUCGGGCCCAGGGAUACGGUGUCUUAAUCACCACCUGGGUUAAUAUUUUCAGCAACAUUUCCCAGGCUAAUGUCUGCGAUGUGAUCACAAGCACGAUAUGCAUCACAGUGCUGGUCACUGCCAAGGAACUAGGGGACAGAUAUAAGGACAGGCUCAAGGUUCCUCUUCCUACAGAGCUGAUAGUGAUUGUGAUGGCAACACUGGUUUCCCAUUAUGGACAGCUGAAGGAAAUGUAUGGCUCCAGUGUUUCAGGCGAAAUCCCCACUGGAUUUAUUCCUCCCCAGGUGCCCAGCUUGACUCUCAUGCAGAGAGUUGCUGUCGAUGCCCUCCCUCUUGCCAUCGUUGGCUUUGCCUUCACCAUUUCACUCUCAGAAAUGUUUGCCAAGAAAUAUGCCUACACGGUCAAGGCCAACCAGGAAAUGUUUGCCAUCGGCUUUUGCAACAUCAUCCCGGCUUUCUUCCACUGCUUUGCCACUAGUGCGGCCCUGGCAAAGAGCCUGGUCAAGGCAUCGACAGGAUGUCAGACACAGGUAUCCAGCUUGGUGAGUGCUGUUGUGGUGCUUCUGGUGUUGCUUUUCUUUGCACCCCUCUUUUUCAGCUUGCAGAAGUGUGUCCUGGCAUGCAUUAUCAUUGUCAGCCUAAGAGGCGCCCUCAGGAAAUUCAAAGACCUUCCGCAGCGAUACCGCCUAGACCGAGUGGAUGCCCUGGUGUGGUGUGUUACCAUGCUCUCGUCUGCCUUGAUCAGCACCGAAAUGGGCCUUCUAGUUGGGGUUGUGUUUUCAAUCCUGUGCAUAAUUGGCCGCACCCAGCGCCCUCAUGCUGCCUUACUUGGGCAGAUUGAGAAUACUGUCUUCUAUGAAGACGAGGAGGAAUACACAAACCUCCUGCCUGUUCCAAGGGUGAAAAUAUUUCGCUUUGAAGCACCGCUUUAUUAUGCAAAUAAAGAUUUUUUCCUCAAGUGCCUCCACAACAAAACGGGGUUUGACCCUACGAUUGAAAUUGCCAGGAGAAAAAAGGCCAAGAAGAAAGGGCAGCCAAAUUCUCACAAAGGACUUGAACAUGGAGAUACAGGUUUAUCUCUUGUCACUAAACCCAGAGACAUUCAGGCCAUCAUCAUUGACUGCUCUUCCAUUCCAUUUUUGGACACAGCUGGUGUGAGCGCAUUAAAAGAAACAUUCAAAGACCACCAAGAAUGGAAAGUCACGGUUCUUCUGGCUUGCUGCAGCCCCUGCGUGAUAGCUUCCCUGGAAAGAGGGGGCUACUCAGCCAGUGCAAACAAAAACAUGCAUGAACUUGUGUUUCAUAACAUACACAGUGCUGUCCAAUUUGUAAAAGAGAGGAAGACUACAGCAGACGAUUCAGUUGUAUAGCCCAGGGUCCCCAUAUUGUAUCUUCAAUAACCAGCAGUUGUGAGGAUUCAGCAUUCACUGCAUUCAUGUUGUGGCCUUCAAAAUGUUCAGACUUAGGAUCCUACUUGAAUCUCAACAUACACUAUGGAUCCUAUUCUGUUUUUUAAAUAACAUUUUAUAGGUACUCAGUGGUAUAAACAUAACAUGAGAUAAUGUAAUCGUAAAAUGUAGGUACGAUGAACUGUACAAUACAAGUGGAUCCAGUUUAGACAUAAUAUGACAUCAUUGUUGAAUGUUACAAGAAUGUGCCAAGACUAGCCCAUGACUAGUGUCCUCCUAGCUCUUCCCUUCCAACUUUUUGGUAUCCAGAGUUCAGUACAGCAGUCCACGAGUUACAAACAUCUCACUUACAAAUGAUUCUUAUUUAAGAACAGGGGUGAAACAACAGGAAGUGAGAGACAUCUACCCUCAGGAAGGGAAAAUCAUGCCUGGAAGAGUUAUCAUGGGGAAAGGGUGUCUCCACUGAAGAUAUUAACAAUACUUGUUUCCACAACAAGCCAUUUUUUUUUCAAAAUCCAAUUAUUACAGGGACAGAAAGUGAGGGGAAGUCUUCUGAACAGGGCACAAACAGCAAAACAAACACCACUUUGUGAUAUCCAAAGUGUGUGUGUGUAUAUAUGUGUGUGUGUAUACACACACACACACACAUAUAUAUGGCUGAAGUUAUAUUUAAAAAUGUACCUGUUCAGCUUAGGAACAAUCCUAUAGAAUCUAUUUUGUUUGUAACUUGGGGGCUGCCUCUAUUAAAUGAGCUGGAGCUUCUCUCCCCAGUGCUAAACAAAUCAGUUUCUCUGUAGUUCCAAACCUAAGAAACUGUUGUUUAAUCAAAGUACGGUCAGCCAAAACAAAUCUGGAUGAAAAUAUAGAAUCUAAUUGAUUAAUUCACCAUAACCCAUUUUUCUAUUGCAAUAGCAUUCUUUCAUGUUACAGCUGAGCCAGGCCACAUUGUCCCAGUUCUCUUUUGAAUAAAAUGUAUAUCAGUUUUUUAAA